CUAAAACUAUUUGAUCGCUUUUUCGGUUUACCUCUCAAACAAGAUGGGGAAGAAACGGUCGAGUGAAGAUGUGGAUGAGUCCAAAAAGCAUGCGAAGAAAGGAAAAGUAUCUGAGACAGCAGAGUUCAAUGGAACCGUUUUUAAAGUCAUGUUGAAGGAGCCGACCAAGGCAAUGAAGGGCUUGGAGACAUUCAUCACGACAGCAAGGAAACUGCCAUCCCCUGACCUGUAUGACGUUGUUGAGGGUUACAUCAAGAUCUCCAUGGAAUGUUCUGAGAUCUUCAAACUGCUGGAGGGAGACAAGCAGAUGGAGAGUGAAAUGAUGGUGAUCUUCCAGAGUUUGGAGAUGAUUCUGCUGCGUACGGCCAGUGAUCUCUCUCAUUUCAGCAUGGUGGGAUCCACUAUAGUCAAGAAGGUUGUCUCCAGCUAUAUGAAACUCAUACAGAUGUCCCUAAACUCAGAAAACCACAGGUUUGUCCGUCAGUGCCUGAGUUUCCUGUCAGCCAUGGUGUCCCAGGGAGCCGACACAGCCAGGGAAGUCUUCAGCCACUUCCACUUCACCAAAGGCCUGUCUGCUUUGGCCAAGAGGAAGGAUAGGAUGGGUAGACCUGAUGUUCGCAUGGCUUACACCCAGUUUGCUCUCUCCUUCCUGGUCUCUGGUGACAACGCUACUAUUGGACAACUACUGGAGAUGAAAGAUUUCCUGCCAGACAUUCUAAGCAGCGGACUGAUGGAGGAUCGUAUCUCCACUGUCAACCUGAUUCUGUCUACUCUGCAGACUAAGGUGGUCCAGCGACAAGCCAUCAGUAAGACCCAGAAGGUGCGUUUCUUCACCCCAUUUCUCCUGGCCCAGAUUGCAUCUCUCUACGGGUGGAAUGGCAUUGUGGAUGCAAGCACAGACGACAGCAAGAUGGAAGAGAAUGCAGAGGAAGCAGGGAAGAUGGUCGUGAGGAAACUGGUUCACAACUUCCUCCUGAAUCUAUGCUGCUCCCGGAAGUAUGGCAUCAGUUUCCAUGACCCCAGCUUUGGAACUGCCGGCAGGGCUGGUAACAUUGUGCUACUGCAGUUUGUGGUGGGGCUGAAGCAGGCUACAGAAGAUGACCUGGUCUCUGAUCUGAUGGCCAAUAUACUAAGGGCCAGCCCUGACAUCUUGGGCAGGUUCUUCAAGGAGACCCAGUACUCCUUCACCCCUCGCCUCAAAUCUGCCUGGACGGACAGCAUCACUCUGCUCAAGAAGAUCUACGAGUCUCAGCCAGAGGUGUCCAUGGCAUUCCAGACCAGAGAGGUCGUUCCUCUGCCCCGCCUCCUGUCCAUGGUGCUGGUGACAUCACUUCCUCCCGUCUGUAACAAGGCCUUUUUCACGCAGGGCAUCAACUUUGCCAACGCGGUGGUGCAGCACACGACCCUGUCCCUGAUGUCGUUCCUUCUGAAGAGAGCUCAGAGGAACAUGGAGUUGUGUCUGGACCGCUCUGUGUGGCUCGCCUCUGAUCUAUACACCCCAGCCACCAUGGAGGACUUCACACAGCAGUACAGGGAGGCACUGGGCAAGGUUCUACCGGACAUGACGAGCAUCGUGUCCAAAUGGCAGUCACUAUCCAAGAAGGAGAAAGGAGGGAAGGAAUCGAAGAAGGAAGGAAAGAAGGAAGGAGACGCCAAAGAGAACGCAACUAAAGUUGAACAACCCGCCCCGUCAGGCCCCGACUCUCCUGAGGUCAUCCUCCUAAAGGCCCUCAUCCUCCAGGUCAUGUGUCUCUACCAGAAGGUGGUGCCUCAUCUGGUUAGCCAGAGCAAGUUUGACUUCAGCAAGCUGCUCAAAGGUAUUGUGUCAGAGAAAGGUAUGAGAGAGGAGGUCCCUCCAGUUCUUCAACACCAGAUACUACAACUGGCCCUGGACCUGCCGGCCAGCAAGUUCUCCUGGUUCAAAGUUCAGGAUCAUGUGGAGACGGGCUCUGGGGAGAAGAAUGUGUUCUUUCUGCUCCUCAAGAUGUUUGUGAGCAGCAACAACAGCCAUCUGAAGAUCUCUACCAGGAAACUGGUGGUCAAGGUGCUGAAGGACAGUGGAGUGUUUGAGUACACCUGGUCUGAGCUGGAGUUGUGGCUGAAUCACCUGGACGGACUACAACCAGACCAGCAGGACACAGUCAUACACUUCCUGGAGAGGGUGCUCAUGUCUCUGGUGUGUAACCCCUACACCUACACAGACAAGGUGGCCAGUCUUGUCCAGGAGGCAGCCUACCUACAGGCCAAUCUUAGCGGCCAGGACGGAGACACCGCCAGCAUCCCCAUCUCACACAUAGACGAUGUGAUGGACAUGGUCGACGUGAUCAUGGAGGGCAGCGAGGGGGAGACGGAGGAGCUGGGCCCGGCGCUUAGUGAUGACCUCAUCCUCCAGACCUUCCCUUUCAGUGCCGUGGUACCUGCUGUCCUGGAGGCCAGGAACAAACUACCUGCUACCUACAGAACGGAGAAUGGGCUGCUGGCGCUCAAUGUCCUGAUGGGAGUUCUCCAGGGGUUGGUGUCGAGGCUUCAGAGCCCACAGGAACCAGCUGAGGAAACCGAGGCAGAGCCCAUGGUCGAAGGAGAGACUGAGCCCAUGGUCGAAGGAGAGACUGAGCCCAUGGUCGAAGGAGAGACUGAGCCCAUGGUCGCUGAUCGGAAGGCAGCGGAGACGGCAGACACCAUGGCUGUGGAUCCCAAGGUGGCGGCAGAGACGGAGCCUAUAGCUAUGGACCAGGACACAGCCACUGUAGUAGAUCCAGCCAAGGCAGCAGAACCCAAAGCUGUGGACCUCCUGAAUGGAUCAGAGCUCUUCCUGGAGUUCAACCCGUCUUCUGAGGCAGAGGACGACGACAAGAGCCUGGUGGUGUUGUCAGUGCUGAGCGCCAUCCUGAAGCACCCGUGUAUCGAGCAGUGGUUCCUGUCUCUGGAGUUGUCCUCUGUCCCUCCUACCUCCCUCAACCCCGUCAGGCUGAAGCUGCUGUGUGCUCAAAUGUCUGACUGCAUCCUGGGUCUUUUACAGACCUCUGCCUCCGUCCUUCGACCCCUGGACUCCCUCUAUCUCCUCUCCCCUUACCUAGAGGCUGUAUCAAGGGCUCUGCUCAGAGAGCUGGGGGACACCGGGGAGAGGAGGGAGACCCGGCCUGUGAGAGCCUUCAUGGCCCUGCAUGCCUACAUGGAACCCUCGGUCCUCCAGGAGCUGGUCUCCUCCCUUCUCCUCCUCCCCAAGGAGACCCUCGUCACCCCGGGGGAGGGUGACGGGGAGGGAGAGAAGAGCUCCAGAGCAGCAGAGCUCAGUGUCUACGGACGCACGGCUCUACAGGUCCUCACUGAGACCUCCUCCACCAACACCUCUUCAUCUGGCUCCCCUGUCCUCCUCCUCUCCCAGGCCUACCUCCAAGGCCUGGCCACCCUGCUCCUCUCCUGCUCCAGCCCGUCUCUGGAGACCUUCCUCCUGCAGGCUCUGAGGUCCCAGCCAGGCAACGCUAAGCUCCUACACACUGACGUCCUGCUCCACUGUCUCCAGGGUCCUCUUACUGCAGCCACCCAGGACCUCGGGGUAGCCCUGCUGCAGAACAGCUCUACUCACAGGCUCUGCUUCGAGGUGUGGUGCCUGCAGCCGCAACACCUGGAGAAACUCACAGACCAGACAGAGACAUUCCUACCGCUGGUCAACAGUUACCUGCAGACUGCAGCCAGGGAGGAUCCCGCCAGGCCUAAAGAAGUUCAGACAGCGGUGCUGAAGGCCCUGAAGAAGGCCCUGUUCCCCAGGCUGAGCCUCUCUGUGCUGGGGCAGGAGACAGGGGAGGCCCUGGAAGUUGUGGAGGCUCUGUCUAGUCUGAUCAGACUGGCAGCUAAGGUCAAGGACAUCAGAGAGCUCGUCACCUCCUUGCCUGCUGCCCUGGAGAAACUAGACGGCUUUGAGAGAUGGCAGCUGGUGGACCCCAUCAGUGCUGUGCUGUCUGUUAGUCCCGAGGAGCUCGAAGUGUGGAGGAUGUCUGUGCUCUCUGCUGCCCUCCGGUGGCUGAGCUCUUCCUACAGUCACAACAGAGACCAGGACACAGCACCACUCACACAGGAGGACAGCAUACUUAAUAGACUAACAGUACUACUGACUUUUCCAGAAGACAUCACAGCAGCUGAAUGGAACAGAUUUGUCAAGGCUGGACUGAAGUGUCGCUACAGAGACCCUAACUUCCUGAGCACCCUAAACAGGAUGUUGGAUCUGAUGUAUGGAGGUGAAGGACCUAAAGACCUGGUGCCUCUACCUACCAUCCACAUGAUGGCCUCCAGCCACUCCCUGUUCCUACCCAUCAUGCUGGGAGACGAGGAGGACCUUAGUGGGAACACACAGGUUAAAGAGGCCCUGGUCUCUCUCCUGCUCAGCCUAGUGAAGAGAAGUCCUGCUGUCUGUAACAGCAGCCACUUCGUAGUUCUACUGGGAGGGUACGGAGCUACUCUCAGUACUACAGAUCAGAAGCUGUUUCUGCUGCUGCAGGAGUAUGAACGAAACGGCAUCAGUCUGGUAGACUUUCAGUGCAUGCUUUGGGGCCCAGCGGCGGUGGAGCACCAUAAGGCCCGAAGAAGCCUGGGCGCUUCCUUGUGGCAGCAACCCAGCUCUGAGGACCUCCUGGCUCUGCUCAGCCCUGACACCAUGAUCAACACCAUUACUCACUUCCCCCUGCAACGCAGGAUCAUCCUACAGGAGGGUAAAGAGCUGAUUUUCAAAGAUGAGGAAGAGAAGGAUCUUGGGAGUGUGUACGACCCGUGUUUCCUCCUGCCUCUGUUCAGCGCCAUGCUUCAGCCAGAGUCUGUGAUAGACUGUCUGAAGUUUGUGUCGAGUCACGGCCUUGGUGUGACGAUGGUGUCCCUGAGUAGUUAUGACCCCAAGCUGAGGGCAGCGGCCUACCAGGUCCUGGCUUCGUACCUCCACCAUCUGGAGGCUGCUCGCUUCAGAGAGAAGAGACAGCUGUUGUACCUGCUGAACAUGGUAAAGAAUGGGAUCAGACAGCAGAACCUCAGGACGCCUUUCUUACUGACCACGUACAUCACUAAGGUGGCCCAGCAGAUGCUGAAACCAGAGGACCACAUGUACGUGGUGGUGAACCGGUUCCUACUCUCACAUCAGUGUCUGGACUUCAGAAGGGUUCCAGAGUUCUUCAAACUGUUCUACAGCUGUGACAUGGAGCACAAGGUGGAGAGGGAGUGGAUUCUGUCUGUCCUAGAGGAGGGCCUGACAGACAGACAUUGUUAUGAACUGUUGGACCGACAGGGGGUCUUCCAGACACUGCUAGGAUUCUGCUGCAGCCCACUCUGUGACCAACACACUCGGACUCUGAUAGUGAGAGUCCUGCACCAGGCUGGCCGUGUGACCAAAGCAGCCUACAACCUGACCAAGGACCACGGGCUCCUCAACUGGGUUCUACAGCUGCUGGAGAGGAGACAUAUAGACCAGGGUCUGCUGGGUGCUUUGGUAGAGCUGCUCCAUGUGAUGUGGUUCACCAACCUGGGCCAGAAGGAGAGCCAUGGUGAGGGAGCUUCCUCUUCCUCCAUGGCCAAGGAGGACAAACCGCAGGGACACAGCACUCCAAAGGUUCUCCCUCUACCCUUCAUCAACCAGUUCCUGUGUGUGGCCAUCACCAUCAUCAGACAUCUGAGGCUGGUGAAGGCAGGUCAGCUGAGCCUGUAUCUCCAGACUCUGAGCUCCAUCCUGCAACAUUGUGGAACAGCUAUGGGGGUCCACCGGGAGGCUGGCUGGCUGACCUUACGACCCCAGGCUCUUUCCUCCCAAGACGCCCUCGCCCUCCUCCACCGCUGGAGCACGCUGACCCACAAUGCACCUCUCCUCAGCCAGCUGCAGACUGUGGCGGAGAAACACAAAGUCAAGGCGCUGCUGGGGUCGGGCAGGGAGAAAGGCCGAGGGAGAAGCUUCUCUGUCCAGGCCCGUUCUAACUCCCGACCAAAGGAUCAGGGGGAGGAAGGAGAGGUAGAGAGACGAGAGGAGGAGAAGACUCUGCUGGAGAAGUGUAUUCCUCACCUCAGGAAUAUCUUUACCCACUGGGAGCCUGCCUCCCUUGCCUGUCCCCCCUCUUCCCCCGCCAGCCCACCUCCCUCCCAUGACCUCCAUACUCCCCUCUCCACCCCCCUGGCCAACACCACAGCCCAUCUUCUCACCAGGUGGUUCCUGAACUCCUUGGUAGAGGGAGCCUCCACCUACGAGGACAAAAGGACAGUCCACUUCCUUCGCUGGUUCCAGAAGACUGUCCUGUCUCACAGAUUCAUAGUGGACCUGGUGCUGGCUGACCCUGCUGUUGAACUGGACCUGCUUCGUCUCUAUCACCAGGCCUGUGAGCCCCAGGCCCAGAUCUCUUCCAGGGUAGAGCACGUCCAGCUGUUCACCAACAUUAUGAUCCAGCUCCUGGAAGCCAGAGGCUGCACUGAGAGUGACCUGCACAGGGCCGUGCUCACAGCAUGCUCCCUAGGAACAACAUGUGAUGACCAGACCACGAAGGAAGGUCUGAUGUUACUGUCUCUGUACAUCCAUGAGAUGUGGAGCGGAGUGAAGAGCCCGGAGCUGUUCCUGAACCAUGUCAGAGUGGUGAAGGAGAUCCAGGGUUCGUUAGGGACCACGGACCAGAAGAAAAAGUCCAAACGACGUUCCCAGACACACACAGGCCUCAGAACCAUCUGUAGUGACCUCCUCUCAGGACUGCAGUCUACUGUUGCACCAUAGGGGUUAUAUAGCUGGGGCCCGCAUUACACCCUAUUGAGUACACUAUUUCUUAACCAGGGCACGUGGUCUCUGGUCAAAAAGUAGUGAACUACACUGAGUGUACAAAACAUUAAGAACACCUGCUCUUUCCAUGACAGACUGACCAGGUGAAUCCAGGUGAAAGCUAUGAUCCCUUAUUGAUGUCACUUGUUAAAACCACUUCAAUCAGUGUAGAUGAAGGGGAGGAUACGGGAUAAAGAAGCAUUGUAUAUGUGUGCCAAUCAGGGGGUGAAUAGGCACGGCAAAAUAUUUAAGUGCCUUUGAACGGGGUAAUGGUAGUAGGUGCCAAGCGCACCGGUUAGUGUCAAGAACUGCAACGCUGCUGGGUUUUUCAGGC